AUGCCUAAGUUUGCCUGGAACCAAAUACCAAGGUUUUCUAGUCAGAUAAGAGGGAAGGGUAGAUGGAAAUUAAAUAACAGUCUUUUGAGGGGAACUGAAUUUAUUGAGAAAGUAAAAGGGGACAUCAAAACUGUCAUUGAAGAAUAUGAGUCUGAUCCAUCUAUGGAUAUUGAGUCAGAGGAUAAACAGUUUAAUAUAAGCUAUCAGCUUUUAUGGGAUAUGAUUAAGAUGAAAGUCCGCGGAUCUGCAAGUCAAUGUGCUGGACCUAAGUGUAAUGUUGACAAAACUGAGGCCAUAUGGAUUGGGUCAAAACAGGAGUUUUAUGGUAUUUUAAGUGCUAUUCAAAAUAGUUGGAAAAGUAGGAUAGAAGGUACAUGUAGUUCUAAACUUGAUAAUAUAAUGAAUGGUAACACUGCACUUCACAUUGCUGUAAAUGAGGGAGAGACAGGAUACAUCAAGUUUCUGAUUAAAGCCGGUAUUGAUAUGAAUAUACAGAAUCAGUAUGGUAAAACUGCACUUCACAAAGUUGUAGAGAUUAGAAGUACAGAAAUCGUCAAGUCGCUGUUUUAUGGUGGUAAUGAUCUCAAUAUACUUAAACAUUUUGAUAACACUGCACUUCACAAUGCUGCACUUAACAGAAACACAGAAAUCGUCAAGUUGCUGAUUGGUGGAGGUAUUGAUCUCAAUAUACCUGGACAGACUCACUGCCACCUACAUGCCACUGCUCUUCACAUUGCUGUAGAGAACGGAAACACAGAAAACGUCAAGUUGUUGAUUGACGCUGGUAUUGAUCUCAAUAUACAGACACAGCCUUUGUAUGAGGUUGAUACAUGGUUAUAUCAGGAGCAGCAUAUUGACAGUGGACAAGGCCAAGCUUGA